AUGGAUGAAGGAUACUGGACGUUUAAACAGCUACAAAAAAAUAUGGAGGAAAACGGACUGACGUUCAAGGAAUAUCCAGACGGAAGAGUAAAGAAUGACCUCGAUAGUGGGACAAAGACGGUGGAACUUCGAAAUCUCACGGGGAUUUUGGGAUACCAAUCCUCCAACGGUCCUACAUACACUCCACACAUCAUUCACAAUGGUUUGCGAUACUUUACGGUCAGCUGUAAUCUCGUGAACCGUGAGCACAACAUCGGACCGGACGGAAAUCGGAGUGUUAUCAUCACCUCUCUUCCGAUCGAUGGAAACAAACCUAUUUUCGGAACCGUGACCAAGUACAACGACAUCGGAAAUCAGGUACUGGUGGAUGCUGGAAG